CUGUACAAAAUUUUAUAUAAUUUUUCGCAGUUAUUAUUUUCAUUACUAUCAUUUUGUGUCAAAAAAUACAAUUAACAAGUAGUGGUAAAUACGCCAGACACACACAUACACACAUACACACACAUUUACAAACAUACACACAUAUUUUAUCAUACUUGACAGCGWACGACGGACAUUGGCAGUAUCGUUUUGUCUUUACGCUCUGACGAACAUAUUAAAUAUUAUUAUUUUACAUUAAUAAUAAUUCAUAAUUUACAAUAUUUGUCGUCACCUCCACGCGCGCGCAUGUAGUGCGUUUGGGACACAGUGCGCCGUGUAUUUGUACUAUAUUUAGACGGUGAAUUAUUGUUGGACGGACACAGUGUAUWUUAAAUAAUUUCUAUCCCGCGGAUUGUUUGUGUAUAUUAUAUCUUAACCGUUUUUACUGUUAUCAACUUAUCAUCACCGACCKAGUGCGAUCAGACUUCGCCCACCUGACGAGUCGGACACGUCCGAUAUCGUCUUCAAUCUUGGCGAGAAACAAGAGCGCUCCGACGUCCACGCAAUACCACUCCAGAUUGUGGUGUACGCGGGGUAUGUCAAGGCAGUGGUGCGAAUACAUUGGUGAUGAUUGAUAACCAGAAAUGCCGUCACCGAUACCAAUACAAUCGUCCUCGCCAACAGGUGGAAGCCUAGUGGACCGUGCCGCCGGAUGGAUUACAGACACACCGUCCGAGACAAUCAGUGCAGCGAUUAGCAGCAACGCAGCCGCCACCGCAGCAGUUGUCGUGGCUGACAUGAGCCCAGAAGAAGAGCAGUCGAGCUCGCCGGUGACGGGCGUGAUCGCCGGCCGGGAUGACGAGGAGCGCCGCUUGACGUCGCCACCAUCUGGCAGCAAGUUCGACUCGGUGGCCAGCAAACCGGAUGCCGAGUCUGAAUCGUGGGCGAACAGCAGUGACGUGGAAAAGUUCGACGGCAAGAUUGUGUACAACCCAGAUGGGUCGGCAUACAUAAUCGAGGACAACAGUGAGCUGAGCGAGGAUGACGGCGUCGACCUGCCGUCCGAGCUCCUCGGAUCUGGCAGUAUCGUGGAUGGCCGGGGCGUGAACCUAUCGCAAGCCGAGGUGUUCCCGCAGAUCGCUAAUGCGUUCUACGUGUCCCGGGCCAACUACGGGGACCUGUACGAGCAGCAACAACAGCAGCAGCAAACCAAUAGUGCACCCGCCGCCGCGGCCCUCAACAGGGUGUUCCAAGACAAGAAGAUAGUUCCUGAAGUGCCGGUGAUGCACAGCUACAGGGUGUAUACAGUACGUGACAAAGCGGGUGCGCCGGACAGCCGGACGCCGCCAUUGUCCAACGACUGUUCGACGGUGCCCGUCAAGCCGAUACUCAUGUGCUUCAUAUGCAAACUGUCGUUCGGGUACGCAAAGUCUUUCGUAGCGCACGCCACCGGUGAACACGGCGUCACGCUUCAGGAGGACGAGUACAACAUACUUGGUCACAAGAACGCGUCGGCCAUUGUGCAAUGCGUGGGCAAGGAAAAGGAGCCACUGGUGUCCUUCCUUGAGCCCUUGGCCCUGUCCACCAAUAAAGCUCAUGCUCGGACCGCAUCCCCGUCCCAGUCGUCGUCGUCGUCGUCUCCGAGCGCCGCUCACAAAGUUCCUAAUGCGUUUAUUAAUGACGGUAAUCGUUCCUCCUCAUCUGACGGCGGUGCUGGCAGCGUUGGCGACCAGAAGGGCUGCCCGGAAAGCCUGGUGGUGCACAGGCGUAAUGCCACGCCACCCACCUCUUCUCCGAGUGUCAAUACAGUUCCUGAGACGUCCGUCUCCCUACCUCAAUCUGGUAGUCCUAGAAGUAAUGUUAACUCGUUUAGUUUAAGUAAAAACAAUAAUUGUAGUAAUAAAGCCGCCACCUCCGGAGCCGGCGGCAGGUCCAAUAUGUACGAUUGUAUCAUGGACCUGACCAGGAAGAGUCCAAUAUCCGCGUUGGCCGUGUCGUCAGGCACGUCCGCCCGGAGCAACAGCGCUUCACCAGGUGCCAGCCCGUCACCAGGUACCACACUCAGCCCACAACUCAUAUCCGGUGGCGCCCCGUUAACGUAUCCUCAACCGCCGCCYAACUUUAUGACCGGUACUACAAUUGGCGUGUGUCCAGAUCACAUGAACGGUAGGCCCAGCGGAGUAGACUGCGCCAGGUGCGAGCUCAUUUUAAGUUCCUCAAGACUGGGUGGAGUCGGCGGGUCGUUGGUAGGUAUGCAUUCUAGAAAUUCGUGUAAAACGCUUAAAUGCCCGAAAUGUAACUGGCACUACAAAUACCAAGAGACGUUGGAAAUACACAUGAAAGAGAAACACCCCGAGUCUGAAACAUCGUGCGUCUACUGCAUCGCCGGUCAACCGCACCCGCGGUUGGCCAGGGGCGAAACGUACACGUGUGGUUACAAGCCGUACCGCUGCGAGGUGUGCAACUACUCGACGACUACCAAGGGCAACCUGAGCAUACACAUGCAGUCUGACAAGCAUCUCAACAACAUGCAAGAGUUACAAAACGGUGGUGUGGCCGGCAACGAUAUGCAAAGGCACCAGGCUUCGUCGCCGUCUCAGCACCCGAAACAAUCUUCGGCCAUGAGCCCAGGAUCGACGAGCAGCCAACAUCCAGCUAUGAGCAGCCCAAUGAUCAACCAGAAGCCCAAGCCUACGUUCAGAUGCGAGGUGUGCAACUAUGAGACGAACGUGGCUCGGAACCUUCGCAUACAUAUGACCAGUGAGAAGCAUACACACAAUAUCAUGGUGUUGCARCAAAGCGUCAAGCACAUGCAAACGCUCAACGCCCUACAGACACAUCACCAACAGCAGAUGAACUUUGAGUCGCUAAUGCACUUCCACCCGGGGCUCACGCUCCCCGGAGAUAAGCCACCGCCGCACACCGAGGCAGCGCUCGCCGACAUGGCGUACAACCAGGCAUUACUCAUACAAAUGAUGACCGGUGGACAGAUGCCGCCACACUUCACGGGCGACGUGUCACCACAUGUUGACACCGACAUCGGACUGAACCCAGAGACUAUGGAACCGCCACCUGAGCCGGUGGACAAAAAUCCGAACUUUAUGUUCCAGUGUAGCACGUGUAGCACGUUCGUCACGGACUCGUUGGAUACGCUAUCCCAUCACUUGUCCACCGACCGGACUAAAGUACGUGAACAAGAAAUACUCACCGUGGUGGCUGGAAACUAUAUAUGCAAUCUGUGCACAUACAAGACAAACCUGAAAGCCAACUUUCAGCUUCACUGCAAGACCGACAAACAUUUGCAGAGGCUACAACACGUCAACCACGUGAAGGAGGGUGGGCCGCAGAACGAGUGGAAGCUCAAGUACAUGUCGUCGCCCGGUGGCGUACAGGUCAGAUGCAACGCGUGCGAUUACUACACGAACAGCACGCACAAAUUACAGCUUCACUGUUCCGGCCAGAGGCACGAGGCCGCCUCGCUGUUAUUCCGAUAUCUGCGGGACAACGACGCUGGCGACGUUUCCGUCUAUCACUGUUUACUUUGCGAGUUUUCCAGCAAAGACAAAUUGCCACUGCUGCAACACGUCAGGACCGUGAAGCAUAUGCAAAUGGAGCAGCUGCACCAGAUGCAAAGGCGGUCCGAUGGCAAGGACAUACAGACCGACAUAAACAUGGUGUUCCAAGUGUCCACAGYUCCACAAACUUCUAUGUCUGUCGAUAGCGACCAAGAACAAGAUCGCGAAAAUAAAGGUGACAAUGAAAAUCUAAACAUGUCUAUGGACRCRGUGAAAGCAGAGAGUUCCGAACAGUUCGAAUUGGACUCCAAUCGCAACUCGCCAAAAAUUACCGAAAGUCAAGAACAUUUAACUCCAACCGACCAAAAGAAAAACGAAUUGUACUGUCCACUUUGCCAAGACGUUUUCGAAGAUUUAAUCAAUUUCGAAAAACAUUUAAUGAACAUUCACAGUGUAAACUCCGAAGGUCUCCAACGGCUGCUGAGUUUGGUCAACCAAUCGCACUGGUUGAACUCAUCAAAAUCUUCACAGCAGAGUCCGCCUCACACUUCUACAAGUCCGCCAUCACCUGAYUUAGACAAAUCAAUAGAAAAAUCUGACGAAAUCCUAGAUCAAGAUACUGACGAAAACAAAUGUCCAACAUGCCAAAAACUGUGUAAAAAUAUUGAUGACUUAUGUCAACACCAAAACGAUACCGGUCACGUCGAAAUCAAACAGACACCAAAUGGACCUGGUUACUUGUGCUGGAAAAAAGGUUGCAAUCUUUAUUUCACUACAGUGCAGAAUUUACACAUUCACUUCCGUGAAAUGCAUGCUGGACAGCAAAACAUUCUUGUAUCCGAGAAACACGUUUACAAAUACAGAUGCAACCAGUGUAGUUUAGCGUUCAAAACGCUCGAUAAAUUGCAAGCACAUUCCCAAUAUCAUGCUAUCAGAGACCUGACGAAGUGUAUUUUGUGCAGACGUAGUUUUAGGACUGUAGCCACGUUUCAAAAGCACUUGCAAACCGCUCAUCCUGAUCUGGCUCAAGCUGACUUGGAAGCGUUGAAACAAAACUCCAUGCUUCAAUUUGAACAAUCAGCUGACGAAAAAAUGGAAAUUGAUGAAUCUGUCGACGACGAAGAAGAAAAGGACGAAGAACCCGAGUGUGACAAUAGUGACGAUUCUAUCGCAUUUAAACAACAGCAGCUGAUUGAAGACUACAUGAACGGACAGACACUAGCCGAAGACGGAUACAAUGAUUCGGAAAGAAAGUACAAGUGUCACCGAUGCAAAGUUGCGUUCACCAAUCAGAAGUACCUGACGCACCACAACAAAACGCUUUUACACCGAAAAGGUGAAAAGCAGACAUAUCCGAUGGAAAAAUAUCUCGACCCCAACCGGCCAUUUAAAUGCGARGUUUGUAAAGAGUCGUUCACGCAAAAGAACAUACUUUUGGUGCAUUACAACUCUGUUCUUCAUUUACACAAGUUGAAGAGGUCAAUGCAAGAGCAACAGCAACAGCUAAACAACAAUAACACGCCUAUUGUAUCGAACAAUUCGUCUUUCGCCGCCAUGAAUGUGGCGUCUAAAACGUCGGGCUCGACUUCGGAAGAUGACGACAAAAAACCAUACAAGUGCAACAUUUGUAAAGUUGCGUAUACCCAAGGGUCGACACUGGACAUUCACAUGAGGUCAGUAUUGCAUCAGACUAGAGCUUCAAAGUUGCACGAUCUUGCGUUGGCUGGACAGGUGGACUUGACGAAGCCAAUAAUUGAGCAACCAGAACAGGGCAGUCGACCACCAUCACAAAAUCGACAGGAUGCCGAAAGUCAAGCGUCCAGUAAAGACGAACAACAAUUACAACUACCACAACAACAACAACAACAACAACAACAGAACAUUCACCAAAAAGGCAACCAGCUGAGUUGUCAACGAUGCAACGCGUUGUUUUCUAAUCAAGACCAACUCAAUACCCACCAGCAGUUGUAUUGCAUGUUCGGUACACCGAUGAGUAUGUUGCCAAUGAAUUCGACGCUAGCGUUUGCAGCCAACAACCUGGGCGCUUCUGUUCAAGGACCAAAGUCGCCAUCACAGCAGUUAACACUGACUGAAGAACAGUUGUUAAAGGUACCGUUGGCACUGCAAGGUAAGAAGCACUCUCACAUGUACAAGCUGCUGGAGAGCUAUGGGUUUGAUCUGGUGAUGCAAUUCAACGAGAAUCACCAGAAGCGUAAAGAAAAUGAAAAGUUGCUUCAAGAGCUCACCGCUCAAAUGGAAAUGGAACAGCAGGCGAACGCCGUCAAGGAGGAAAUUAAUGAGAUUAAUGAAGAAGAUACCGGGGACCUGCCGGAAGUUGCAAAGUCGACAUGUGUUCACUGCAACAAAGAGUUCUCAAGUGUAUGGGUGUUGAAAGCUCAUUGUGAAGAAGUCCACAAGGACCUAGUGCCGUUCGAUUUCCUCGAAAAGUAUGCCAAACAGAUAAAAUGUGAGAUAGAGAAGAAAGGCAACGAACCGCCAGCCACCAACACCACAACGUCAUUGCCGUCAUCGACAUCCGUGUCCACCACCACAACUCCAACGGCCAGGAUCGGAUCUCCGUCCGAGGAUGUUUCUGUCAAGACAGAAAACGAACAGGACAUUGAAGCACAAACCGAAAACGUCGAUUACAUUUCCAACGCUGCCACAUCGUCGACUGGCGAACAGUCCAACGUGAACAUGUCAGGUGUUCCACCGAACAUCCCGAUGUCAGUUGCUCAACACUUGAACGAAAUGCAAGCGGCAUUUAAUGCGAUGGCAGCGUCGCAACUUACACAACAACUUCAACAAUUCAACCCUAUGAUGGUGGCUAGUAUGGCUGGCCUCGGUAUGGGACUGCCUUUGGGCCUCAACAUGCAAGCGCUCGCCGCUAUGAAUCUACAACCACCCCUGGUUCCCAUGAUGAUGCCGCCACCGAAUUUUGAAUCAAUAAUGGGUUCGCAACAAAAUACAAUUUUCCAACAACAACCUUCCUCCAUGGACCCGACUGGAAUCCUGGCAAAACAGCAACAGUUACUCCAACAACAGCAACAAGUGCAACAAAAUUCGCAACAAAAACGAGCAAGGACACGCAUCACUGAUGAUCAAUUGAAAAUCCUACGUGCUCACUUUGACAUUAACAAUUCUCCAUCUGAAGAUCAGAUACAAGAAAUGGCCAGUCAAAGUGGUCUCCCACCCAAAGUCAUCAAACACUGGUUUAGAAAUACAUUGUUCAAAGAAAGACAGAGAAACAAAGAUUCUCCGUACAAUUUUAAUAAUCCACCAUCGACUACGUUGAAUUUGGAAGAAUACGAGAAAACUGGAGAGGCAAAAGUAAUGCCCCUUACUCAACCGAUACCAAUAAUUGAAAACACCGACGUCGUUGUCAUUAAAGAAGCCCCUAAGACACCGACAUUCGCCAAAAAGAAGCCUCUACAGACCAGCACCCCGAAUAAUAACACUGUUGUGCGAGCACAGAGUCAAACACCCACAUUUCCACAACAACAGMCAUUUGCUCAAAACUUUUCGAGACCGUUCGCCACACAACCGUUGGAUUCUCCGGUGAAGAUGGAGUCGCAAGUCAAACCAGAACUGAAAGAUGCCGAAACUAGUCAGCCUGAAACGAAAUUUGCUUGGGGAAAUCCCGAGUCUCCGUCUAAACGUAGAGAUUCGGUUGAAGAAAAACAAAAUCUGUACAUUCACCAUGACAGARGGUCUCCACUAGACUUAAAUGCCGCCGAAAAUCUUACCUUGUCCUCAAUUCUAACUUCUCAACAUCAAGAAAUAAAUAUGUCAAAUGCAAUUUCUACCAGCAAUAUGCUACCACCGAAAAUAUCUGCAUCGAGUUUUACGUCCCCACCUCAGAUGUCAGUUACCACACAAUCGGGCCCRAGRAGCAUUAGCCCUGGUAGAUCACCAAAUUCAUCUGAUGGGUUUCCACAUUCAAUCAUGAUGAACCAGAGUAGCGGUGGUUCCGGAGGUUCCACUUCGUCUGGUAAACGAGCUAAUAGAACUCGUUUUACAGAUUGUCAGAUCAAGGUGUUACAAGAAUUUUUCGAAAACAACGCUUACCCGAAAGACGAUGACCUCGAGUAUUUGUCGAAAUUACUGAAUCUGAGUCCUAGAGUGAUCGUCGUGUGGUUCCAAAAUGCCCGACAAAAAGCUAGAAAAGUUUACGAAAACCAGCCAGCUGCAGAACCUGCAMCAGGUAUUGUUGAAGAAGGAUCAAAUCGAUUUCAAAGAACACCUGGUUUAAACUAUCAGUGUAAUAAAUGCCUGUUAGUGUUCCAGAGAUAUUAUGAACUCAUUAGACAUCAAAAGACGCACUGUUUCAAAGAAGAAGACGCCAAAAGGUCAGCUCAAGCUCAGGCAGCUGCCGCCCACAUUGCGGCUGCGUUGAGUUCCGAAGAUUCCAAUUCUAGCACUGUAGAAAAUCAUCAAGGACAAAGUGCUAACUCUAAUCCAAUGACUCCGACUCCAACACCAACUCCGAGUUUGACAUAUCCAACAUCACCAAUUCAAACAUCAUCUUCGCAUGACAAAGAAAACGUUUAUAACUGUGAACAUUGUAAUUCGGUGUUCACAAAACUUGAUCAGUGGAAAGAACACCAACAAGUGCAUUUAAUGAAUCCAAAUUUGUUCCCUACCUAUCAUCCAGAAAGUGCUUUCGGAAUUUUACAACAACAAGCACAAUUACAUCAACAACAACAGCAGCUCCAACAACAACAAUCUCAGUCGCAACAGAUGAGUGGUACAUCCGAAAUGAACACCAAUCCUACGUCGUUAAUUUUGUCAAUGAUGCAACAGAAUAAUAAAAGAUCRUUCGAUGAAUUUGAUGAUCAUAGUGAUAAAGAAACCGAGUUCACAAAAGACAAACGUCUGAGGACCACUAUUUUACCAGAACAGUUGGAUUACUUGUAUCAAAAAUAUCAGAUCGAGAGCAAUCCGUCCAGAAAGAUGUUGGAAAGCAUAGCGCAAGAAGUGGGUUUAAAGAAACGCGUUGUUCAAGUGUGGUUCCAAAAUACCAGGGCCAGAGAGCGAAAAGGUCAGUUCAGAGCGCAUUCGCAGGCGAUCAAUAAGAGAUGUCCGUUCUGUUCAGCCAUUUUCAAAAUCAAAUCGGCGUUGGAAUCGCAUUUGCAGACCAAACACCCGGAACAGUGUUCCAGGGGAUACAUAAACGUAGACAACAUUCCGGAUGAAGAUGUCAGUAUGGACUCGUUCGCAUCGUCCCAGAUGAGCGAGAUUGGGCAAAAGAAUCAGACAUACGCGCCGAACCCGUACUAUCAGAACGCAGAGGACGUGGAAAACCUGGGUAAAAUGUACCAGGAGUCGUUGAAGAGAUACAUGGAGGAAAUGCAACAGUCGAGUAUGCAGAACGGCGUUCUGUCCGAAGGUGGUGAGAAAACCAAACCGGAAGGAGACAGUCCGCUAGAUCUGAGCAAACCUGUGGAUUUACGUAUGGAUCAAGAACAGGACGAUGACGAAGAUAGCAUGUCAGAGUGCACGGACAUCAUGGAUGACGAAAGCCCAGCAUCACCAGCAUCAAGCACUCAAAGCGGUCAGCAAAGGGUGAACGCUCCGGGUGGCAGCAGUAGCAGUCAAAACAAACGGUACCGGACGCAGAUGAGCAACGUUCAAGUGAAAGUGAUGAAAGCACUGUUCGAUGACUACAAGACCCCGACGAUGGGUGAGUGUGAGAUGCUGGGUCGUGAAAUCGGCUUGGCGAAGCGCGUGGUUCAGGUGUGGUUCCAAAACGCACGGGCCAAGGAGAAAAAGUACAAAUUGCAAACCAAGCAAAACCAAGAUCUUACGGGGCCGCCUGAUGAGUGCAAGUACUGCCGAUUCAAGUAUACACAUAAGUACUCUGUCCAAGACCACAUAUUUACCAGCCGUCACAUCGCCCUGGUCAAGGGGCACGUGGAGAGCCGUAUGUCGGUUUCUGACAUGUCGGGUAACUGUAGUGACGGUGACUUCACGGUGCCGUCAACUCCGGGCGACCCGCACAACAACAACCUUCCCAACCAGCAAGUCAAUCAGCUGCAAAUGCUCCAGCUGGCUGGGCUCAUAGGCCAGUCUCCCGUGGCACAGGCCGUGGCCAUGGCUACCAUAGCGAAGCUCGACGGCAAGGAUCAGUCGCAAAUGACCGCCGAAGAGUUGGCCUUAUUGCCGCACCUGUACAACCUAGGCGUGAGUUUCCAGCAAGGAUUCAUGCACCCGGGCACAGCCAUGAUGACGUCGCCAGCUGGAGGCGUCCCUAGCACCGCAGUGGCCACGACAAACGGUAUGCGUACGAACGCAGUUGCAGUAGCAGCAGCAGCCGCAGCCGCCGCCGCCGUCAACAACAACAACAACAAUACGUCUACGGGCACCAUGACAGCAGCCGCUGGUCCACAAGAACAUCAGCAACAGCAACAGCAGACCGGCUCGUCGGGAACUCCGGUGCGCAUGCUCCAACUCGACCAGUCGGUGAUUCAGGCAAUCGCCGAUCGAUGUCGGACAGUGCGACCAGACCAGACAGCCGUGGUCGAAGUUGCGGCCACCGUGCCAGCCUCUGAACUUCCGGCCGAGGGUUACGCCAUCGACGGCGGGCGGACGGUCGGACACGCUUGCGCCAAGUGCCAGCUGGCGUUCCCGGACAACGGGGGCCUGGCUGCGCACCAGCAGCGCGACUGCCGCACCACCGGGUCCGUGGCCUUGGCCCACCCGGCCUACGGGUGUCGAUCGUGUGGCGUAGGCGUCAACGGCGAGACCAAUACGUACGGCACCGUGCACGCUCUUCGCACGCACAUCGAGACGGCCCACCGCGGCGGUCACUAUGGCACCGCCGCUUCAUCAGUGGGCCGCCACCAGCACCUGCAGCACCAUCACCACCACCACCAUCAACAGCAACAACAACAACACCAGCAACAGCAACUGCACAUGCAGCAGCUUCAACCGUCGCCCAACCUCUCGGACGAGAUGGAGGACGUGGUGAACCAGAUCACGGCUCUGGCCGCAGCCAAGGCAGUCGGUCGGAGUCCGUCGCCACGUGACCCUAACAGCGACUCGAACGCCAAUCUGUUUUGCUCGCCGUCCGCCGACAAAAAGUCGUCCGGCACCGGCGCCUCCGCUGCGGCCACUGCCGCCUCCAAGAUGCACAAGUUCGCCGCUCCGCCGGCCACGUGCAACGUCGCGCCAGCCGUGCCGAGCAGCGGCCAAUAA